GACAGUGUAUAUACGUAGUAACUAAUUCAUAAUCUAUGAUUAUUUCCAAAAUACAAUUUAAGUAAUAGGAAGGUUAAUUGGAAAAACUGGAGAAAUCGCUUUAAUAAAGUAUUAUUAUGAUUGUCGAAAAUGAAAUAGAAACAAAUUUAUCUAAAGCGUCUUUUUGGACAGCCGUCCAAAUUUUAUUCAAGAAACCCCAUGUAGUAAAUAAAAGGGUGUGGGGUUGUAAGAUUUUAGAAACCCAACGUUGUAUGUUCAAACUAGAAUCACUACAUACAGCUUUGCAAAAUCUGAAACUUGAAGAUAGCUGUAAUGUUAUGAAAUUUUUUAGAGAACUAUUUUUUACUGAAUACAACAAUCUUUUAGAGAAGGGCUCUAACUCUUUAUUAGAAUUAAUUUUAAUACAACUAUUUCCAAAAUGUUAUGAAGAUAAUCAUGCGUAUCAGUUAGUUUUCCUUGACGAAGACAAUGCUAAUAUAACUUUUUAUGAUGUCACAUGCAAAGAGGCUGAACAAAAUAUAUCCCCUAACUUUCCAUAUAGUUUUAGUCUCAAGAACAGGAAAUUGAUAUUGAAAACUUAUUCUGGCAAUUCAAAAUCUAUAUUAUGGUUGAAAGAUGUAGUAUUACAACAAAUUGUAAAAUGGGCUGAAGAAAGUAACAAUGAUAAACCAAAAGGCACAUGUACUGAAUCAUUGAGCUUAAUUGACACAGAGAAAUAUUACGUUAAAUACAAUGACUUAAAAAUCAAAUACGGCAAAGAAUUAGUAAAGAUAUGGCCUGAAUGUACAGAUCCAUCAAAAUUUGUAUAUGAGGACAUUGCAAUAGCAACAUAUCUUUUACUCAUGUGGGAUAGUGAUACUGAAGAAAUAACAAACUUUGUUGAUGUUGGCUGCGGAAAUGGAUUAUUGGUGUAUAUACUUACAAUGGAAGGUCAUAGUGGUAUUGGUGUUGAUGUCCGUAAAAGAAAAAUUUGGGAUAUGUAUCCCAAAAAUAUAAAACUAGAGGAAAAAACAAUCUCUCCAUCAGAUAUAUAUAGCUUUCCGGAAGCCACCUGGAUAAUUGGCAAUCAUUCAGAUGAACUUACACCAUGGAUACCAGUGAUUGCAGCUUGUAGUUCAUUUAAGUGUAGAUUUUUUCUGCUCCCUUGCUGUGCCUUCAACUUUGAUGGAAGUAAAUAUAAAAGACAUGAUUCUUCAAAAAGUCAAUAUACUGAGUAUUUAGAAUAUAUUAAGUCACUCUGUGAUGAUUUUGGAUUUCAAACACAAUUUGAUAGACUCAAAAUACCUAGUACCAAAAGAAUAAGUCUUAUUGGUCGAAAAAGAACAUAUGCAGAAACUGAAUAUAGUUCCCACUGUGAAUAUAUUCAGAAAUUACUUGAUGUAGCAUUAAGAAAUAAUGAAGAAACAAAGGAGUUUAAAGCAAGGGAAAAGGUGGAAAAAGUUAGAAAUUGUACUCAGAUUGACAAAACUGUAAUUGACUCUAUAAUAAAAUAUGUAGCCAACCAUAUGUUGAAAGAUUUUGAAUUUGAUAGACCUUGGAACACAGGAAAACAAAUAGAAAUAUCUGAAAUUGUUAAACUUAUACCAGAUGAUAUGUUAAAAAUGCUCAAAUCAGAAUGUGGUGGUCUACAGACUCUAUUAAGAAAUAAUCUUCAUAUAUUUCAAAUUGUAAAUGGUAAAGUUCAGUUUAGAUAUCCAAAAACAAUUGGUGAAGUAAAUACCUCUAUGAAAAAGAAAAAUAAGGACAAAAAUAUAAAGAUGCAGGUAAAAAGAUGUUGGUUUUUUGAUAAUCACCCACAAGGAUGCCCUUUAGAUGCCAGUAUUUGCAGUUUUUUACAUGUUUUAACAUAGAAGAAAAUAAAAAUUAUUCUUCAAUUAAUAGAUUUAUUAAUCAACCCAGAUUUUUUUUAACAAAGAAUUCUCAUUAACACCACUUAUAUAAAAAUAUUAAACGAGGAACAUACAUGUUAUAAUAAUAAUUUAUGUUACUUAAAGUUUUGCAAGUUUAACAUUUUGAGAAUUAAGUAUAUAUAAUAAAAAAUAUAUAAAAAAAAAAU